AUGUUGUUGUCUAUACUUAUUCCGGGAAAUUCUUGGAUUAGACCUGCAGCUGCUCCUGAUUAUAUUUGGCAUACAAAUGCUUCCAAGUGUACCAUUUGGAAUUCUGUAUUGAAGCCUUCUCACUCUCCUCUGUGGAAGCAGUUGUUGAAUAUGAGGAGUCAAAUAUUGCAGCACAUUGAAUUUAGGGUGGGUAAUGGCAAUAAGUUCAGUAUAUUUAAUGAUCCAUUGCUCAAUAAUGAUUUUCUCAUUAGCUUAUUUGGACAGAGAGUGGUCUCUUCCUUGGGCUCAAGGAAAGAUGCAUUGUUGUCUACACUUAUUCCGGGAAAUUCUUGGAUCAGACCUGCAGCUGCUCCUGAUUAUAUUUGGAAUACAAUCUCUGCUGUUACUAUCACUCCAGGAGAGGAUACUAUUGUUUGGAAGCAUGGUAGAUGUACAUUCACGUCUGUUUGGGAUAAACUCAGAAUCUGCCAUCCUAAGGUUCCUUGGACUACACUGGUUUGGAAUAAAGGAAUACCUAGAGCUGCUGUCACCACUGUGCUUGCCAUCCAUGAUAAACUUCCCUCUAUGGUAAACCUUCAGAAGAGAGAUGUUAGUUGGUGCAUAAACAGUGAUUUCUCGAUGGGUUCCCUUGCCUCUCUCCAUGGGUAUGUGGUGUGGAGUAUUCCUCCUUGA